AAUUGCGAGAUAAGGCGCAACUACUAAACUCUUGAAGGAGGAUUAAAAAAUUCAUUGGAGGUGUAAGUAAAUAGUGCGGUUUUAAAGUAGUAACUUGAAUUCGGUUUUAAAACAGCAGUUAUUUGUUUAAAAUGGCGAAUUCUUAUAAAUCUAAGAAAACCAUAUUAGCCCUCUACAUUGUUGAUGCUUUCAGUAAACAGCCAUUUAAAGGGAACGGCGCCGCUGUUUGUUUAAUUCCUUAUGAUCAAUCUGUCCCAAGUGAUAUCAAACAAAAUAUAGCUUCAGAAAUAAACUUGUCUGAAACAGCUUUUAUUAAAAUUAUUAAUGAAGAAGAUACCUUUGAAAAUACUAAGCGAUUUGCCCUACAGUGGUAUACGCCCACAUGUGAAGUUGGUCUUUGUGGCCAUGCAACGGUAGCUUCAGCUGCAGUUCUUUUUUCUAUAUGCAUAGAAGAGAUUCUGUAUGUUCUGGAGGCUAAUGGUGAUAGUUUACCUUUAUUAAGAACAAAAUUCAAAUUAAUAACUUUAUUCCUGGUUAUUUGCUCUAAUUUUCUACAAUUUUUGCGAUCUUUAUUUGUAAUGAACAGGAUUUUAUUCUCAAAAUUGAAACAAUAACACUCCUCAGAGGUGUUAAAAAGUAAAUUUUAAUUGAAAAAUUAUACAUAAAUUGUAAUGUAAGUAAAGAAGUUUUUUUUUUUUUUAAUAAAAAUAUUUUAGGAUCUUUUUUAUUAUAGAACAGCACAUGCUGAACAGUUAUCUGUAGAAAUCUGUGCACCAAUAUUACCUAUUGAUUACCUUAAAAUUAAAUCUGUUGUUCUUAUCUCCUGUAACUGUAUUCUUGUUUUCAAAGUAAGCAUUGUGAAUAAAAAAGUUUUAUGUCA